AUGGAGAGGAGCUCCAGCUGCGAGAGCAUCGCCUCCAAGGAGGCUCCGCCCGCCACCCGCCAGCCCAGCCCGGAUUCCCUCUCCAGGUAAAACCGGCCUUCACCCUCCAGGGUGGGAAAGCCCUGGAGGAGAGAGUGGGGGCGGGGGGUGUUGUUGUUUGGCGCUUUCGUAUCUCUAGGGGUUGGUUUGUUUGUUCUGCGGGGGAGGAAGCGGACCCCCAUAUUCCCUCCAUCCCCUUUCCAUAACCUGCGCUUCUAACUGGCACAGGUCAGUGCUGGAGACAGGUGCGCUAUUACGCACACACUGCGCCCGUUGCCCCUGAGUGGCUUGUGUGGUUAAACCCAGGGGGAGGGGAGGGCUGGGUGCGAUCGGGGAACUGCACAUGCUCAGAGGCACUCUUCUUGGUAAGCGCACGGGGGUUCCGGGUGGUUCCAGGGCACCCGAGGCCGAGCGCGCUCCUUGCAGCGGGAUCCUCAGCGCGCUUUGCACAGGAGCCCAUCAACCCGCGGAGGAAGCGCCGGCUUCGGUCCCCUGCGCUCGGGAGCGCACCCUGUUUCCCCACCCCUCCCUCGGCGAGGCUUACAUCUGAGUAAACACGCAGAGGAACGAGCGCUGAAUAGAACAGGGCGGGGGCGGAUUCCAAACAUUUUAAUGCUGCAAUCCCGUGAGUUUACCUGGGAGUAAGUGCUACUGAACACAGUGGGGCUUGUUCCCGAGUAAAUGCGGAGAGGGUUGCGCCCUGUGAGGUUUUGGAUACUUGGGCCAUUCACCGUGCUGUGCUAUUUCGUGGUGGGAAAUAGAGGACAAUGCUUGUAGGAUUGUGUGUGUGAGGUUUUUUUUAUCUCUGUGUGUCUUUGCUUUAUUUUUAUUUCGUCCUUAAUGGAAGUGUUUGUAUAUCUUUAUUUCUUUUAAUUUAUUCCAUCAGAGGACAUUUUCUUAUUUUAUUUAUUUUAUUUCUCACUUUAGUAUUGCCUCAUUUUUCCUGACCCGACUACCUUGCAAGGUUGAUCACAUCCUUGAUUUGGAACGCUGAAUUUCACCUAUCAUAUUUUAAGGCAGGGUUGUGGGUGAACUGGCAAUCCAUCUUGAUUGUAGCCCCAUCUGCACCAGACAUUUAAAGCAGCAUCAUACCACUUGAGAAGCAGUUGUGACUUCUCCCAAAGAAUCCUGGGAACUGUAGUUUGUUAGAGGUGCAGAGUGUUGUUAGCAGACCCCUAUUCCAACCCACCCCCCAGCUGCAAUUUCUAGAGUGGCUUACCAGUCUCUCUUCCCAGGGAAUUCUGGGAACUGUUUUAAAAAGACCCCUGGAGAAGGGCCUCAACAAAAUCUCUUCUGCUCCUUCAGGUACUUAGGUAACCUGCCAGGGAUUCUCCAGGCAGAGAAUCUACCACCUACUUUUUCAAAACCUAGAGAUGCCAGGAAUAGAAGCUUUGACCCUUUGAGUGCAAAUUGGGUCGUCCACCACCUAGUCAUGAUCCUUUCCCCAUAAACCUUGGUCGCAAACAUACCAUACAUUGUAAACACAGUGUCCCCUACUCCCCCAAAAUCUUGGGGACUCAGGUUUGUUAAGGGUGCUGGGAAGUGUAGCGCUGUCAGGGUUAAACUACAGUUUCCAUUGUAAAAAAAGGUAAAGGACCCCUGGAUGAUUCAGUCCAGUUGAUUUGGGGGGGAAACGAUGCCCGUUAAAGGGGCGUCAAUGUGCUUUAAAUUGAAGGUUUAUUUCCUUAUUUCCAUGCGUACAUAAUAUUUUUAUUAUUAUUUUAGACUGAUAUGACAGUUGUUUCUUUUUUUCCAUCUUUUUUUGUAUUUUUAUUUAGAUUUUCCGUCAUACAAUUUAAUUAAAAAAUGAGAAAUAAUACACAACAGAAAAGAAACAUUAAAUCAUUAUACAUUAAAUCAUUAUACAAUAUCCGAAAAAGAAAAAGAAAAAACAUAAACAAAAUAAAAUAAACCCACCACCCUGUUUAACUUCCCUCCACCGCUACUCAUCUUCUCUAGAAUCAAUUUUACCCUUAUCAUUGCAUUCUGAUUGUUUUUGUUUUCUCAAUAUACAUACAUAUGUCAUUGAUAAUUUAUUGUUUUGAUGCAUUUACAUUCUUAAUCUAAGCAUAUUAGCAUGUCUUUUUUUCAGCAAUAUAAUACAUAAUUUUAUUUUUAUGCCGCCUCUCCAUAGUUCAAACCAUGCUCAGGCAGCUUGCAACAUGACAAAAGUCCAUAAUCGUAACAAGGCAAAAGUCGCCAUCAGCAAUAAAUAAAGCAUUAAAAAAAAAUACAACCACACUGAACAGAUUCCGCCUAGUGAUGUAGAAAGGCAAAUAGUUGUGCAGGGUAUUCCUGCCUGACUCUGAGGCUGUGUACGCAUUAUUGUAUACUCUGGCUCCCGUGUGCUCCCACUACAGGUGUUUGAAGCUGAGUACACAAUCCCUAGGUGUUCUACAGCUUCUUGAGAAAUGCUGCUGUUUGAUGAAUUUCCCCUCAAACCAGCUUCUAACUUGAGGUGUGUACAUCUAAGAUCACAGCAGCACAUGCCUGGAUGGCAGUGCACACGGAGUUUCACUGGCAGCAGGGCCAGAUUUAGGUUUGAUGAGGCCCUAAGGGACGCGGGUGGCGCUGUGGGUUAAACCACAGAGCCUAGGACUUGCUGAUCAGAAGGUCGGCAGUUCGAAUCCCCGCAACAGGGUGAGCUCCCGUUGCUCGGUCCCUGCUCCUGCCAACCUAGCAGUUCGAAAGCAUGUCAAAGUGCAAGUAGAUAAAUAGGUACCGCUCGGGCGGGAAGGUAAACGGCGUUUCCGUGCGCUGCUCUGGUUCGCCAGAAGCGGCUUAGUCAUGCUGGCCACAUGACCUGGAAGCUUUACGCCGGCUCCCUCGGCCAGUCAAGCGAGAUGAGCGCCACAACCCCAGAGUCAUCUGCAACUGGACCUAAUGGUCAGGGGUCCCUUUACCUUUACCUAAGCUACUGAAGGUAAUGGGGCCCUUUAUAUGUCCAGCUGUACUUUGUCAACAACAAAUUGUCAUUGUUUUUUGUAUUGAAUAUAUGCUAUAUGGCAAUUUAUGGACCUAAUAGCCAUUUGUCACUGUUGGGUGGAAUGUUGAACCUCCAUUAUCUUUUCCCCCUGUGGCUGGCAAAGCAGGUGGUGUGGGAAGAAAUUCUGAGUGCACCCUGCUAGCUUGGAAAAUGCUAAACUCCACCUUUCCCCCCUGACUUAUUUUCCUUUUUGAAUACAAAGCAGUUGCAAGUGGCUUAAAUCACUACAUAUACCGUAUUUUUUGCUCUAUAAGACUCACUUUUUCCCUCCCAAAAAGUAAGGGGAAAUGUGUGUGCGUCUUAUGGAGCGAAUGCAGGCUGCGCAGCUAUCCCAGAAGCCAGAACAGCAAGAGGGAUUGCUGCUUUCACUGCGCAAUGAUCCCUCUUGCUGUUCUGGUUUCUGAGAUUCAGAAUAUUGUUUUUCUUGUUUUCCUCCUUCAAAAACUAGGUGCGUCUUGUCGUCUGGUGCGUCUUAUAGAGCGAAAAAUACGGUAUAUGUGUGUGUAUAGUUUAGUCUUGAGGUUCUUCUCCCUUCAUCGACUUUCAAGCUUGCCUUCCAUAGCCUUAAGGUCUAGAAACAUGCUAUUUUAAAAAAAGAAAAGAAAAGAAAGGGAGAACAAAAGAUUCUCGGGAAGCUGGGUUCUAUAGCCAAAACCAAAGGGUUGCACUCCUAGAGAGGCCUUUUGGCUCAUGAAUGGCCUGAUUCACUGGAGCCUGAGGAUUGUUCCAUAGGAACACUGUAUUGCAUUUCAAUGCCUGGUUGGCUUUCUGUUCUUGGAGUGGAGCAAAAAAGGACCAAACAAUUCAGGCUUUGUUUACCAAGCGCCUUACACAGGCUGCAGGAAUUCUGUAAUUUAGCUUCCCCCACCCCACAAAAUCCAGUAUUAAAAAAAAAAAGGUCUAAUAGUGUGUGACUGCUGCUUGGGAUGCUGUAGGCUAUUGUGUGAUCAUCAAAUGGAUGCAGAAAGAAGCUCACCCAUGGUCCGAGUCUAGGGUACCUUUCUCAAUUUGCUUCUGGGAAAAUAUAUCCUACAGAUAAAUUCCGCCAGGGUAUUUGGUCAUACGCUAGAGCCUACACGAGGAAAGAGCGUUGUGGUAGCUUAACAGAUUUAUUGUGGCACAAAGAUUUUGUGGACUGAUCUGAACCUAGGUUGGGACAUCCGUUUUGCAGAAGGCCUAAUCCCCAUCCUCUUCAGGUAGGGCUGGGAAUGUGGAGAGCUGCUGCCAGCCAGUGUAGACAAUAUGGAACUAGAUGGGCCAAUAGUCUGACUCGGUAAAGGGAAGAUUCCUAUAUUGUUAUACCUCAGCCAGUUACAGCAUGAUGCUCAUAGUGACAAGGCUACAGUUUCUAUCCCUGCAAAGGACAACAGCAUAUUCCUACAUUGCAGGCGGUUGGUCUAGAUGACCGUCAGGGUCCCCUCCAACUCUAUGAUUCUAUUAUUGUUACAGAUUUUUGGGGGGGGUCCCCCUAAACCAGGGGCCAGCAAACUUCUUCAGCAGGGAGCCGGUCCACUGUCCCUCAGACCUUGUGGGGGGCCGGACUAUAUUUUUUUGGGGGGGUGGGUUGAACAAAUUCCUAUGCCCCACAAAUAACCCAGAGAUGCAUUUUAAAUAAAAGGACACAUUCUACUCAUGUAAAAACACACUGAUUCAUGGGCCGGAUUUAGAAGGCGAUUGGACCGGAUCCGGCCGCUAGGCCUUAGUUUGCCUAAGGUAAAGGUAAAGGGACCCUUGACCAUUAGGUCCAGUCGUGGCCGACUCUGGGGUUGCGGCGCUCAUCUCCCUUUAUUGGCCGAGGGAGCCGGCGUACAGCUUCCGGGUCAUGUGGCCAGCAUGACUAAGCCACUUCUGGCGAACCAGAGCAGCGCACGGAAACGCCGUUUACCUUCCCGCCGGAGCAGUACCUAUUUAUCUACUUGCACUUUGACGUGCUGUCAAACUGCUAGGUUGGCAGGAGCAGGGACCGAGCAACAGGAGCUCACCCUGUCGCAGGGAUUCGAACCGCAGACCUUCUGAUUGGCAAGCCCUAGGCUCUGUGGUUUAGACCACAGCGCCACCCGCGUCCCGCCUACCCAUGCCCUAAACCCUAGAAAUUAAUAAUAUGGUAGGAUUUUGAUUAUUUGUGAAGAGAAUAUUGCAGGCCUGUGGGAAAAUACAGGUUUAAGCUUCCUUUCCAAGGCAGGCCUCACCUGAGAUAGAGGCAUGCUGUAAGAUCUGGACUCCCUCCAUGCAGAUUGAAGGUGUCAGUAGGUGAAUAAAUAAUAUUUCUUAAAGCUACCACAGUCUCUGCCGCAUGUUCAGUUCUCCAAAGACCACAGGGCGGCUCACAAUAUAAAAAUACCUUCCAUCGGCAGGUAUCCGUGCUAAGAUAUAGCUGUAAACAGUGGAUUCAUAUUAAUCCAUAGCCCCUCUGCUGUCCCCUACACACAGAGGCUAAAUGUGGGCAGGGGCUCUGCAAAUAUUGGCCUUCUCCCACCCCCCUGGUGUCAUCAUGCCCCUCUGGCCCUCCCUCUAAUUUCGACAUUAAACAGGAUGUUUGAAAAGCAGCCGUUUGAAAAGGCUUCCUGUGUAGACAUUCCCCACACGGUCAGGAAUCGCAGUUGUGUGAGAUGAUGAUUUUGGAUGUAACAUAUAACCAUCAUCAUGGGUAAGAAAGAAAUGCUUUCUUUUGUCUGUUGUUCUCAUUCGCCACCCGUCCAGCUUCAUCCGAUGACCUUCGGUUCUAAUAUUAUGAGAGAGGGAGAAAAAUGCCUCCCUAUCCAUGUUCUCUGCAGUGUAUAUAAUUUUGUACACCCACCAAUCUGCUGUUACUCACCUUUAUUCUAAACGAAGUAACCCCAAACAGGAGGGGCUGGUGUGGAAGACUGGCUAGCACGGAGGGGAGGCGCUCCUCUGCCCCCCGACCCCAGCAGUGGCAUUGCUGAUUCUGAACAGAAGGAUUGAAUUCUACCUCUAGAGCAGCCUUUUUCAAGUUGUUGGACUACAACUCCCAUCAUCCAUAGCUAGCAGGUCAUGGACGAUGGGAGUUGUAGUCCCAUGACAUAUGGGGACCCAAAGUUGAGAGCGGCUGCUCUAGAGUUCCAUUACCCUGUCUGCAUUCAGAUGUCAGUAUAACAAACCAUGGCUUAUCCUGACAGACUCUUCCUUUGGCAUGGCUUAGAAACUUUUGCCUCCGUUUUCGAUUAGUCGCAGCUUGUUGUGUUGUAUGACCGCAACAAACUGAUUAAUCUCUUAACUGUGGUUUGUUUGAAACAAACCUACUUUAAACUGUGGCUUGCGAAGCUGGCUUAUUUCAUAGUUUACAUCGCUCGGACGUAAUACUAAAAUCUGAUUAAUUUCCUCUAGACUGCACCAGAGGAGAUAUUCACGAGCCUGGUUGGAGGGUAGGAUCAUUCCAGUUCUGAUAGGCUAUGGUUUAUUGUGACGUCCAAAUAAAUUGUAAUGUUUGCUCCUUAACCAUACCCUCAUGUUACGGCCUGAUGAACUUUUUUACUUUCUCCACCUCAGAAUAGUUAAAAGACUAAGCACCAAAUGUCCUUGGGCCUCUUGAUCACAGCAGAUCUGUGAAGGAAUUUCUCCAGAAUGUACAAUACUGCAACACCAAACAACUUUCUUUUCCCCCCAUCCUUCUCCCCCUCAUUCCUCCUCCUUUAGUGCUUCCACCUCUCAUUCAGAUCAUUCGGCACGUACAAAAUCUGCUUCUGUCGUCUCAUCGGAUUCCGUCUCCACUUCCACAGAAAAUUUUUCUCCGGAUCUAAGGGUAAGCCAAUCUGCAUGUGCAGCAGCGGAGUCAUGUGAUCAUUCAUUUUUCUUUUUAUUGAAUUUGUGGUACGGUAAUGUUUUGUUAAACUUUAGACAAGAGAGCCGUGAGUUUCGGGGCUCCUCCUUGAAGAAGAACUUUCUAUACGUAGAAAAAUAGUAGUACAAAGAGGAGGCUACAAUUAGAUUAAUUAUCUCCUGAUGUAUGUUGAUUAAUACAUGAGACGGCAUGUUGCUAUAUUACCAAAAGUGAAAAUUCAGAGAAAAGUUGUUGAGGAGUUUUUUCUCUCAGUUGUUGAGAACAUCUCUCCUCCCCCCCCCAAAAAAAAAACUAUUUUGGGGCUUUUCUGGGAUUCUAAAACAAUGCUUUUUAAAAAAACACCCUACUUGCCAUACGUCUAGGUUUUCCCGGACAAUUUGGCGAUUCAGCAAAAAUCCGCCCAGACGCCAUUUUCAAGCUUGUUUCCUGGCUGUGUCCAGGAAAAUCCGGACGUAUGACAGCCCUAUAUAUUUCCCCACAGAAAUUCUGAAUUCUGUAGUCCGGAAGUGGGAGAGGAGAAGCAACGGGAUUUGCUGCAUAUGUAGAAUGGCUAUUCAUCUAGUAUUGCCAUCUCAAGAUAUAUCUGAGAGAGAUGCCUGCUUAAAACCUUGGAGGGCUGCUGCCAGUCAGUGUAGACAGUAUUGAGCUAGGCAGAUCGAUGAUCUGACUCCGCAUAAUGCAGAUUCCUAUGUUCCUGUGUGCUUCCGCAAAAUGGGCUCAGGGGAUUGAUCUGCAUUCUAGAGUAGGGGCUGGCAGGCUUCAAUCCUCUUUGAAAGGCCACCUAGGUUGGUGGCCAUUACUUGCUCCUGUGGGAGGGAGUUCCACAGUUUAACUAGGCGCUGUGCAAGAAGUGCUUUCUUUGAUCUGUCCUGAUAAUGUCACAGGAGCGGCAGGUGUGGAGGAAGGAGGUCACUGUCACUUACUGGGGCAGGGCAGCGGCAAGAUCACAGCUGCACCCAUAGGUGCUCCCACGCACCUCUGACCUCACUGACACCCUUCCCAGCCCCACACAAUCCAACGAUGGUGCUGUCACGAGUGCAGCAGAUUAGUAGUGCCCCUCUGCACCAGACACUCCUGCAGCCCAGGCAGGGAGGAAGUUACCUGUAUGAACUACAUUGGUACCAUCUGGGAGAGGGUCAGCACAGGCCGCUGUUAGAAUUCCUGCUCUAUGAUUGCAGUCAUGGGAUUGUUGUCUAUCACAUGACGGUAUGUGUUUUGACUCCACAGAGUGGGAAGUGACGAAGACAGGAUGUUUGUGUUACUGUGUUCCGUGAAGUGGGACUGUUGUCCUUUGUUCUUUUUCUCUUUGCUGUCUGAUGCUAGAGAGAGAAGGAGCCAUGUUGCAGUGCUCCGCGUGUGUUUACAUGUAAAUAAAGUAGAUUAGCCAAAAUGCUGAGUUGCUGAGGUCUGUCACGCAUGAUGCGCAAACUCUGCGGAUCCCUAAGUGUGCCGGUGUCGGUUGGCAUCGGUCGCUGUGAUGUUUGGGCUGAAGAAAGCUUUUGAAGCUCCCGAAUGAUCAACCAGGAGGGAGAGAACAUGCCAGUCGUGCAUGUGUCUCUGCCAGGGUUCUACUCGAGUGUAGGCCGAGCUCCUGACCCUGUAGUGCAGAGGUGGGCAGAAAGGAGAUCCGGAUCUACUUAUGGUGACUUGCAGUGAGAUCUGCAAGGGUUUUUGACUUCCAACGUUCAUAGAAUCAUAGGGUUGGCUGCCAUUGGGGUGGCUGACAUAACACAAAAUGGCUGCCAUUGGCCGGGUGGCGCAACACAAAAAGUGGCAGGAGCACAAUGGUUAAUUGGUGCCAGUGGCGAAGGAAGCCUCUUGGGCACCUGGGUUGGCAUGCCCGGGGGCGGGGCGAACCAUCCAUAGGGGCAGGGCCAGGCGCCCAUAGGGAUGGGGCAUACCGUGGGGCCUCAGCUGCCCUACAGCUGGGGGGGGGAGUUAGCAGGCGGACAGCGCGGAGCCUGCGGGUGCCGAGACAUGUGACUCAUGCGCAUUGCAGGCCCUGCGGCGAGUGCCGCCCGCUAUUUUGUCAACUCCCCCAUCAGGAUGGCACCUGGGGUAGGCCGCACCCCCCCGCACACACACUCCUUCCUACGCCCCUGAUUGAUGCCCAUUGUUAACUUUUUAAUAUGUUUUUUACUGUACGGUUUAUGUGUUUUUGUUAAAAACCACUUUGAUAAUCUUUUUUAUGAAACAGCGGUCUAUUUUGUGUGUGUGUGUGUGUGUGUGUGUGUGUGUGUGUGUGUAUAACUAAUACACAGCUUAUAAAUCAAUGGAGCAGGCAUGCCGUACCCCACAUCAAGUACCCCCUGCAAUAGGGGGUGAGGGAAAAUAGGUCUAUUUCAGCCAUUAAUGUGCUCACUCACAGAGGGGUGGCUCUUUGUCUCUCUCCUCUGUUCAGAAUGGAAGGGGAGAGGCAUAUCAAGUCCUGGCAUCCAUUGAAAUGUGGGCAAGUUUAAGGGUGCGUGUUCAGUGUAGGAGACGCUGAGGCAGCGCAAACAGGAAUCGAGCAGCAAAGGCAGGUCUCUCGUGCACUGCGGAUUUUUGAUGGGAUAUUUACUGCCACCUUUCUCCGGCACUGUAGCUUAUUUCAGUAUUUGGCUUCAUUUCUAACCGCAUUGUGACAGCAUUUCGGUUUUCCCCCCUCACAUGGAAUUGUGCCCCAAAAUGUGGGCUUCGCUUCAGACCAGCUGUGCUUCAGCUUUCUAGUGGCACCGAUGUCCCCCCCCAAUGUCACCUGAAAUGGGCUGAGACUCUGGCCACACUCACUCCAUACGCUGAAAGCACUUUAAACAGUGGCUUCCCCCAAAGAAUUCUGGGAGCUGUAGUUCGUUAAGUGUGCUGGCAGCUGUUGGGGGACUCCUUGUUCUGCUCACAUAUACCAGAGCUCACUGGAAAGAGGGGUUGGUUGUUAAAUUACUUUGGAAACUGUAGUUCUGGGAGGGGAGCAGUGGGUCUCCUAGCAAUUCUUGGCUUCCUUGGCAAGCUAUAGUUCCCACAACUCUUAGGGUGAGAUUAUACUGCUCCUUUCCAAUUGGUUCAUGUCCUUUAUUUUCCCCACUGAAAUCCAGUAACUUUUCGUGCUGCAAGUGGUCUUUUUUUUGUCUCGCUUUUGUUCCGCUAUAGCCCCCUCCAGACAGUAAUAAUGUCACUGGGGAAACAUUGCGGAACAACUAGCAAAACAGAACAAAUCCAACACUAACGCACUAUUAUUGUGCCAAAACCUAGAAAACAAAAAUAAAAACCCCACCCGUCUAGAAGGGCUCAUUGUUUUCACUGCAUGCCUCCCUUCUUGAAAGGGCAUUCCAUGGUUGUGGUGCCACAGCUAACAAGGCUCUGUCAUUCAUGUUUUUGUCUGCCCUCAGUUUCUGAAGGCCGAGGAACGGGUGGGGGGUUGGAGUUUUACAACUGGCUUGGGUGCAUGAGGACACACGUGUGCUGCCUCAUAUUUCCAAACAUGGAAAUGCCCUUCAGGAACCACAAUAACCUGUGUUGGCAAUGCAGGAGCUUCUCUUUUCUGCAUUGUCUGAAAUGACCCUGACAGGAAGGAAGGUCGUGCAGCAAUUUCUUUUUAACUCAUCUUUUUUUCUUGGACCUUGGCAAGCCUAGCUCAUCCACUGACUCUGCCUUCUUUCUGUGUACUUUCUUUUCCAAAGAAAGCUCAGCAUUACCGUUUCUCUUCUGUCAACCCCCACUCCAAUUGUCUCCUGACAGGGAGGAAUUCUGCUUAUUUGAGCAGGAUUCGCUUUUAAUACCAAGUGUCCUUUCCCCCUGCCCUCUAUUUAUAGCUCUCUCGUCAUAGACCUGUCAAGGCCCAGGUUACAAUAUAUUGAUUUAGUGCAAAUGAGAUCAGGGAGAGCCAGACUCGGUCAAUCUUCUGUCUCUGAGGCAAGGGGGAAAGGAAGUGCCUCUGGAGCAUGUUCAUGUUUCAAGAGACAGCCAAAGGAGAAGGUGAUCUUAAUAAUGUUCAAGGUCCCCUAGAUGUUUGCAUAGGCACUAAAUGUGCCGUGCGGAAGCCGCCCUGAAACUAUUUAUGAUUGUCAUUCGCGAGGAGCUGAGCGCUUAAGGGAGUUCGCCCACGGCCUUGGGAUGCCCUCUUGGGACGUGAUCCGUUAUUUCCUCUGAGGCGUCUGCCUGCCUUCCUACCACGAACCCUUCUUCAGACUUCUUUCCUUUUCUUUUUUUUGCAAUGUACAACAGGGUAAGGGAUUUUCUUCUUCUCUCUUAUGAGUCUGAAAGGCAAUCAGUCCGAGUUGUGCUUUAGCUUAGGUAGCCCUGCUGAGCAUCUGAACAAAAGUAGAUGGUUAAUGAUUACUAUUAUUAUUGCCAAAUAUGUGUGGGUUUUGUGUGCCGUCUUGAUCAAGGAAGGUUCUCGUUCUUUUUGUCAAGGAGGUUUGUGGCUGUGACGUUAACGUAUAUGAGAGAGUGCUUGAGGGGAAAUAGUUAAACAGGUUGCCCAGUCAGGACCGGGGGGGGGGGUGGAGUCAGUGGGACUAUAAAACCAGUUCUGGGAGCAGUUCGUUGGGAGUUGUUGGUGGGUAGCUGGUUGGUUUUAGUGAGUUGGCUGGUUGGGAAAGGUAGUUGGUAAUAGAGAGACAGUUAGGGCUGUGUGGGGAGGUAGAAGAGAUAGAGAGAGGAAAAUAAGACUAAGAAAGUAAAGAGCAACCACGUUUGGAAUGCCGUAAAAGUUGUUUGUGUCUGAAAUAAAAUACACUCUUCUGUAUUAAUUGAGCAGCUGACUGAGACUGAAGUGAUUUUACCAGGGAGGACCUGGUUGGUGGCAGCGGAUUAGUGGUGUACGGGUCAGUAGUCCAUGAGACGACCGGGGGCUCCGUACGAACGCCACAGUGGCUCGCUUUUGGAGUGCGCAUUUUGCACCCAAAGAUUGGAUCCCAGGCAUCUCCAAACAGGUUGGGGUUGUUAGACUCCCCUUCUGAAACCCCGGGGAGCUACUGCUAGCUAGUUCUGACAAUUCUGGGACCAGUGACUAGGUGUAAGGCAGCCUCUGAUGGAAGCCCGGUUUUCAACUUUGAAUUUUUAAAAGAGAUGCUACCGCUGCCUCAUAUUUGCAGCUCCAGGUUUGUGUCAGCGAUCAAAAUUCCCGCGUGAAAUUCAUCCCUGGGUGAUGAAGCCAGUGCUCCCAUCAUUUGACACAGUGGCAAAGACACUUUACUUUCCUCCCACUCCACUUCCUUUAUUGUGGUUGGGGGGCAGCUCUGAUGAAUUAAGGCUAUUGCACCAGUUUUCCCUUGGCACUUCCCUUCUGCUUUGUUUAACUAACAGCUAAAAACAGGGGUUUUCGGUACCGCUUAUUGGCAUGCUGUAGUUAAUUUAACAGUGGCGUGAGAGGUGGGUGCAGUCUGAACACUUUUGGGGAUGUUUUCAGAGGAAGAAAAUGUAUGUCGUUCUAUGAGGAUAAUGUUAGAAUGAAUGGGAAAUGGGCGAAGAUCUGUAUCGGGGGGAAAGUCAGCUGUCUGAGGGAAGAACUAGAUAGCGUGAGCUUUUCUGUCCUCCUGGGUUAGACGUUGCCACUAUGUUCCUGGAUCUGAUUUAGGAGAAGAUGCUUCAGGGGAGAGGCUGCUCAAAGGCAGCCAGAAUUGACGUUCACAUCACCUGUAACUUGAAGAAGUGUAACUUUUAAGUUACCUCUCUUCCCACCUUCAAAGAAAGGUCUAGGUGUGGCCCAGGGGAAGGUGGAGUCUGAGAAAAUAUGGCAGAGGUAGCUUUGGCAAACCAACCAAAACAGAUAAAACUAAGGUUGCUUCUAGGCAACCUGUUUAUUGGGCAUUCAGCCUGAUUUGGUUGCACAAAAUUUAUGGGGGGAAAGCCUGCUAUUCGCUGAGCAUUCAUGCCAAUUUGUUUGUGCGAUGUUGUGUAGACCAACUGUUAUCCCAUACUUUCGCCUACAAUUCCCCACCACUUUCCUUUCUGCAAAAAGUCAAUCAUUGUUUUUAUAAGUGGGCUCGUUGCGCAAGACAUCAGUUUUAAUGAUGCCACACAAAUUUGCUGGUAUGCUACUAAACCCAGCGGUAGUCUGUAAGCACCCUAAGUCACUGCAGGAAUGUUGGGGUUCCUGUAUCCAUUAAAUGUGGUGGACCGAGGUGUGUAUUUUUUAUUUUUAUUUUUUCCUUUACUCUUGUGUUUACGCCAAACUGGAGUUUGGGGUUUUAGUAAACUGAAUGGGGCAAUUGCAGGAAGACGCCGGUCAGUUGUGCGCUGGGUAAUGCUAACUGUGUAUACACACACACACACACACACACACACACACACACUCCCUUACCUGCUUGUAGAUGAUCUUAGCAAACUUUGCAAACAUUCAAGUAAGAAAUGCUGUGUCUGCCCAAUUAGGCGCUUGCACUAUUUAUUUAUUUUUCAGUCCACGUUGCAGCACUUUGCAGAAAAAAGCAGCAACAACGUAUGAUUCUAUGAGUGACGACUUUCUGUAUUUCUGCUACUUCAAAGCAGGGUGCUAACUUAAUUCUUUGUGUCCGGUUUGUAAGCAAAAUGGGAUGCUGCGAGAUGAUCUGCAGAAUCUGAUUGGCUGGCAAGCCUACGGCCUGCUGCUUGAUUGGCUGCCUAGUCUACGGCAUAAAACGACCCAUCUGCAUAUGGUGUUUCUGCAUGAUUUUAUUUCCCUCCUUCUCCCCCCGCUCUUCUAAAACACCAAAAGAUUAAGACACAAGGCUUUUCCAUGGGAUUAGUGAUUUUGCUGGCUGCUUCGAUCAUUCUGACUUGAGUUAUUCUCUCUCCCCCCCCCCCCGCAUCUCACAUCUGUUUAUUUAAUCCCCAGAAAAAGCCCCUUCGCCACCAUAAUAAAGCAAGGCAGUUGGCUUUUUGUUCUGUUGUUGUUGGGGGGGGGGGUUGCAGCAGAUCUAUUGUGUAGAAAGUUGUGAGAAUCCUGUGGUGGUGCAGUGUGAUAAUUCUGUGCAGGUCUAAAUAUGCAGCAGUUUACACGUAAGUAAAAGAAAAGUUUUUUCGGACACGGGUGGCACUGUGGGUUAAACCACAGAGACUAGGACUUGCUGAUUAGAAGGUCGGCAGUUCGAAUCCCCACGACGGGGUGAGCUCCCGUUGCUCGGUCCCUGCUCCUGCCAACCUAGCAGUUUGAAAGCACGUCAAAGUGCAAGUAGAUAAAUAGGUACCACUCCGGCGGGAAGGUAAACGGUGUUUCCGUGCGCUGCUCUGGUUCGCCAGAAGCGGCUUAGUUAUGAUGGCCACAUGACCCGGAAGCUGUAUGCUGGCUCCCUCAGCCAAUAAAGCGAGAUGAGCGCCACAACCCCAGAGUCGACCACGACUGGACCUAAUGGUUAGGGGUCCCUUUACCUAAAAGAAAAGUGCAAAAGGAGUAACUCCAGCAGUUGAUGCAAGAUGUCCUUGUUGUCAGUAUCUUGUUUUUAAAAACAAACACACACACACACACACACACACUUACUUUAACCCAGGGCAUUGUCAAUGCUGGCUGGGCAAUCUGGAACAACAUUGGGAGGGUAGUAGGCUCCCCCCCCACACCUUUGCCCUUAUGGAGACAGGUUUCUCACAAAUUGCAAUCUACAUGUACAAUUUGCUGUGCAGGUCCUACAGAGAAGCAACUUUCAGACAGGAAUUGUGUGACAACUGAAGCGAAGCAGCUGCCUCGUGUGACUGAUUUUUGGGCACGUUGAAAGAAUGGCAGCAGACUGUCCAUUAUUUCAUUUAUUGUGCAUCCAAUUAUCAGUGGAUAAUUAUAAUUUUUUUCACGAAUGGAAAGAGUAAAACUUCAGAUGGGUUGGUUUAUGAACAAGCCUGGUCUUUGCAACUGUGGGAUUUAGUCAUUCCUACCCCCACGAAGAACUAAUGAACUGCACAAAGGAACACCCAGAAGUCCGAUAACUUAUCUGAUUCAGCUUGGCUUAGUUUUAUUUCAUAUACUUUUCCAAAAAAGUACAUUAAUGUGGAGCUCCCAAUUCAUGUGGAGACUUUUACAGGGUGAGUCUUUUAAAAGAGGCACCGUGGAUACAGAGUAUACAUGUUUCACGGGGCCUCUUUUAAAAGACUCACCCUGUAGAAAUAUACUUCUGUGUGAUGGGCAAUAUCGUUUGUAUUGUUUUAUUAUGAAAAUCAGUGCUGUACUUCUUUGAAAAGGCGCUUGUUCAUCUUGCCAUUACCUGGAAAACAAUAAAAUAAUCUUCUUUUUAAAAGGUAUUUAACACUGAUGUAGCUGAUUUUCAUCUUAGGUUCUCAGGGAAUCUAAUAAAUUGGCUGAAAUGGAGGAGCCCCCGUUGCUACCAGGAGAAACCAUUAAAGACAUGGGUAUGUGCAGAUAUUUCUCUUUGAUGUUUUCCCCCCGGGUAGAUAGCACUGGGUUACACAUCCAUAGCUAUGACAAGCAGACACAAUGGUUUAAUAUCAGAUAUUCCUUUAUUUUUCAGCAUAUUGUAUGUUAAAUCAAGACUGAGCUCCUAUCAUUUGUACUUCAACUGACCUCCGUCCCCCAACCUUAAUUGUACUCCAUUUAUUUGUCGCUUUUGUUGAAAAAUCAAUUGUAAAAACCCAUUUAUUUAUUCAAAAGGAAUAGAAGAAAUGGGAUGAUACCACUUUUUCCCUUUUAUAAGAGAGAGAAAGGAAAACAUGAAGUCAUUUCUCAGAACAAAGCACACUGUUUCUUUUAUUAGGAUUAAACAGAAAGCUCUUCCCCUUUGUUGAAAUUCCUUCUGUGUUCAGGAACGAUAACCAACUAGUAAAUAGUUAUGUAAAACCCUCGUGUAUCUAUGACUGCAGAUGGGUUAGUUGUUAAAGAACUUCAGAGGGUUUUUUGUGUGUUUUUUGCUGGGGGGAAGGGACAAGCGCAAAGCACGUUUGGCCAAGAUGUUUAAGGAAGGCCAGAAAGGGCCAGCAUCUUCAUUAUCUAUCCAUAAAACAGUACUCUUAGGCUGGAUAGAUAUAAACAGUGUUAUAUGAUGCUACUCCCAUAUGCCUGAGCGUGGGUAUGAAGUGUGAAAUUCCUUUCUUUAGUCCUCGUUUACAUUGCCGCACCCACUUCUCUUGGUGAAACUGAAGGAGAGCCACUGAGAAGAGGCUUUUAAAGUUUUUUUUCAGUGGCAAGAAAAAGCACAAGUUGAGCUGAUUUCACCUUAGAGCAGGAAACCCUUUGGCCCGCCAGGGGUUGCUGGACUACAAAUCCCAGCAGGCCCAGCAAACAAGACCAAUGGCCAGGAAUUGUGGGACCUUCAGUUAUUAUUAUUAUUAUUGUUCCAUUUAUUAAAUUUGUAUACCACCUUUCAUCCGAAGAUCUCAAGGUGGUUCAUGGCAUUAAACUACAAGAUAAAAACAUAAAAUACAUAAUGAAAACAAGAGCAAAACAAUAACCUUCCCACCCACACCCACAACAUAUUUAAAAGGAUAGCAGUGGUUCUCAAGCUUUUUUCUCUGGGCCACAUUUUCCGAAUAAAAAUUUGCUUGCGCCACACUGAAUUAUUUUUAUAUAUAAGAAAUAACUCUGGAAAGCAAAAAGAAGCAACUCCUAGCUGUGUCUGAUUUUGAAAAUCAUAUUCUGCAAAUUUUAAAAAAGUAAAUGAUACUAUACUAUACUGCACUGAAAUGUUUAAAUGCUUAUUUGAUUGCCCUUGAAUCUUCCCUCAACACUUAACCAUUGUCUCCUACCUUUGAGAACCACUGUUCGUUCAGCUCCAUCUCUUCAAAGCUUCCUCCUCACCUGCUUUGAGAGACAUUGAAAGGUGUUCCAAGCCUCGUUGUAGCACCUCCAUGUGGAAAUACAUAUAAUAUGUAUAUAUAACAUAUUUCUUUCUUUCUCCUAGCAAAGGAUGUUACUCAUAUCUGCCCAUUCACCGGCGCCAUUAGAGGAACUCUGACAGUUACAAAUUACAGGCUAUAUUUUAAAAGCAUGGAAAGGGUAAGGCUCAAAUUGAGCAACUUUUCACUUGUUUUUCACAAGUAGUCUGGUCUGUGCCUGGAUGGGCAACCACCUGGGAAUCCCAUGUUCUAUGGGGAAAGAAAAGUGGGAUGUGACUGUAACAAAAUAAAUGUAUCAAUGCAUUUCCAGCCUCGUCAUCAAGAUGUUCAGCUUUUGGGUGCUCCAAGCUCUGUCUAAAAGUAAUACAAUCAUCCCUUGGUUUUCAAACAGCUGAGUUCUCAAACAUUUUGGCUCCCGAAUGCGCAAACCCAGACUAUUCCAGUUUGCAAACUAUUUUUGGAAGCCGAACGUCUGAUGGGGCUUCCGCAGCUUCCAAUUGGCUGCCGGAGCUUCCUGCAGCCGAUCAGAAGCUGCGCUUUGGUUUCUGAACGUUUUAGAAGUUGAACAGACUUCCACAGUACGGCUGUACUUUGUUUUAGGAGGUUUUAGACUUUUCAUUAACGCACUACAUUUCCUCCCCAGGACCCUCCGUUCGUUCUUGACGGUCCUCUGGGAGUGAUCAACAGAGUGGAGAAAAUUGGAGGCGCUUCUAGCCGCGGCGAAAAUUCAUAUGGCCUUGAGAUUGUGUGUAAGGUAAAGCAGAUCCAUCUAUGGUUGGUGAAUUAUGGCUAGGUUCUUGCCCCACAGCAGUGGUCUGUUAUGUUCCUAAAAAUCACAUGUUCUUAAAUUCCUCUUUGCUGACUUUAAAUAGAGCAGCCCUGCAGAAAGCUGCCAUGUAGGACUUGAAGCUGAGUUGGCUAAACCAAGAAGAAAAUACUGUAUUUUUCCGUGUAUAAGACUAUAUUUCCCCCCAAUUUUUUUAAGUUUAAAACUGGGAAUCGUCUUAUACAGUGGACCCUCUGGAUACAAAUGUAAUUCGUUCCAGGAGUCCGUACGUACCCCAAGUAGAGGUGUUGCUUCUGCGCAUGUGCGCAGCGCGAUAGAGCACUUCUGCGCAUGCACACGUGGCAAAACCUGGAAGAAUACACUUCCAGGGUUGCCGUAUUCACAACCCAAAAGUUAUGUUACCCAAGGAUAAUGUAAUCCGAGGGUCCGCUGUACACAGAAUGCUGCAAUUAUUUAUUUCUUAAUUUGGGGCUCAAAAAAUAGGGGUCCUCUUACACAUGGGGGCAUCUUAUACACAGAAAAAUACAGUAUAUCCCCCCCCCCCCAGUGCUCUAUAUUGAAAACUCUGAUCCUAAACCUCCACUGCCUUGCAGGAUAUCUUUGGGGGAAGAAAAGGCUCAGGAGUAAACCCUAUGCAAAUCCAGAGUGGAGUCCCUGAGACGGUUGGAUGGUGUCUCAUAUGCCUCCUUCUGGCAACUCCUGCAGCCAAGCUGGUGCCAAACAUGUUGCUCUGCUUUCCUUUGGACCACAUCAGUGAGGCCGAGAGGGGGGGUCUUAUCAUCUGGGCAGCCCAGGACCUCCAUACACACUGCUCAGGCUUGUGCGCCUGGGAGGUCACUUUGGUGCUGCUAACACCCCUGGAGGCACACUCCAUUGUCUCUCGAUAAUAAUAAUAAUAAUAAUAAUAAUAAUAAUAAUAAUAAUUUAUUAUUUAUAUCCCACCCAUCUGGCUGGGUUUCCCCAGCCACUCUGGGCGGCUUCCAACAAUGUAUUAAGAUACAAUGGUCUAUUAAACAAAAGCUUCCCUAAACAGGGCUGCCUUCAGAUGUCUUCCAAAAGUCUGGUCAAGGCUUUAAAGGUCAGCACCAACACUUUGAAUAUAUAGUGGGUGACAAUCUCCAUACAGAUAGAGGCCAACAACAAUAGUACUGAGGUUUAAGAAGAUGCACAGAAACAUUGCAAAACCAAUCCCAAGCCUUUUAGACCUUCAGUCCAUCAUGGGAACGACUCAUCUGUUUCUGUCGUUGGCAUCUGUUCCUAUUUGAACUGAAAUAUGAGGUCUUUGGGAUUCCAAAGAAGGCUCUACUCUGCACUGUAAAGUCAAGUGUAAGAUGUCAAGUGUAAGAUGUCUGAUCCUUGCAGGCAUGUAGGUGCUCUUCUUGCUGUGUCCUAACUCUCCCCUUCCACCACUCCUGCCCCCAUCAAGAUAUUGCAGUUCUACUUGGGGGUAAGAAAGAGCCCCCACCAGUGUAGCUAGUGGUCAGGAACGAUGGGAUUUGUAGUCCAGUGACAUUUGGAGGGCACCCGAUUGCAGAAGGCUGGUCUGCUGAGUUUGGCCUAACAUUUUUCAGGAUGUCCGGAAUCUCCGGUUUGCGCAUCGCCCCGAGGGCCGCACAAGAAGGUCCAUAUUUGAGAACUUGACAAAAUACGCGUUUCCCGUGUCAAAUCAUUUGGUAAGUGCUUUUCUGUUGCUCUUGUGGCACGCAUGGUAAAAUCGACAUGAAUUUAACCAUUCUUAAGAGAUAAAUUACUUCGGGUCAUAGUGGAUGACAAUCUUUCAUUAGUAAAAAAAAUUUAAUAUAAUUUUCUGCUUUACAAUUUCAAAUAAACAUUUUACAAACUUUAAAAUAUCCAGCAACUUCCCUUCUUCUCUUUCCAUGGUUCAUUUUGCAUAUCUUUCAUCCCUGCAUAUUUUACAAUAACCAUUCCAAUUGGUUUUCUACUACUACAUCCAUCAAGAAUUAUUUACUCUGUUGAAUUUAUCUUAAUGCUGCCAGCGUUUUCAGCUGUACACCGUUAUUUUCCACAUACUCAUUAAAUGUUUUCCAGUCUUCUUUAAACAUAUGUUCUUCUUGCUCUUUUAGUGUAUGUUAGAUCUGGUACACCGUAAAAGAAUUCCCAGUGGCUCCGGCUUAAUCUUGAGCUGGGAGACCUGGGAACUUUUAUUCCCCAAGCUUCCCAGCAGCAAUUUUGGGGGAAAUCUACUGGCGCUUGCAGCCUUAGACUCGGGCAAAAACCCUCGAGGUCAUCGCUGGUUUAGCUUACCUCAUAACUGCACACUGUAAUCCAAAUUGAGGCAGUUGAGAUCCUGACACCCUCGCCAUUCCUGAGGUGAAAAAUAUUGGUACCACCACUGAUUGUAACCUCCUCAUAGCGCACCACAAAACAUGAGCAUCCCAUGGCUGUUUUUGGUUUUAAAAAGCCAGGAUACUCGUAAAGUGAAUUAAUUUUGAAUUUUAAAUUGUUGUAACCUGCCCUGAGACUUUCUGGUGAAGGGCAGGUCAUAACUUUAAUGAUAAUUAAAGUUUGUAGGACUCGAACCAAUGGCUUCAAGUUAAAAGAAAAGAGAUUCUGACUCAAGAUCAGGAAGAACUUUCUGGUGGUAAGAGCUGUUUGACAGUGGAACGGUCUCCAUUGGGAGGUUGUGGAUUCUCCUUCCUUGGAGGUUUUUAAGCAGAGGUUGGAUGGCCGUCUGUCAUGGAUGCUUCAGCUGAGAUUCCUGCAUUGAAGGGGGUUGGAUUAGAUGACUCUCUGGGUCCCUCCCAACUCUACAACUCUGUAAUUCUAUCAUUCUAUAAUUAUAAUUGUGCUGUGGGUGCUGGCACAAAAUGGCUGCCAUAGGCAACCAUCACAAAAACGGAAUAGGUGUCAUCCAUGUGAUGUUGCCUUGAAAGACUGCUCUGUAUUUACACUGCCAGAAAAAAUAAUUCUUUUCGCACAAAGUCCCUUUUCUCCCCAACCCCCUUUUCUCCCCCUUUUUCACCCCCAUGGAGAUUUUGUAGGUAAUAGAUCAGAAUACAAAGGAAUAUGAAGACGUGUACACUGAUGUGUUAAUUACAACGUACAAAGACAGUUUCUUUUCGUUCAUGCCUCAGUGUUAUAGAAACAAAAAAGACUGUGCAGAAAUUGUUAUUGGAGAUGCCAAAUAAAAUGGAAAAUGAGCUGAAAAGAACUGAUUUUUUCUCUCUCUCUCUUGUUUUUAAGUCUCUUUUUGCAUUUGAAUACAAAGAAGUUUUCCCAGAAAAUGGCUGGAAGGUUUAUGAUCCUGUUGUGGAGUACAGGAGGCAGGUAAGCACCUCCAUUCUACCUCUGAUUUACACUCCUUCCUGUAUGUCAGAAUUGUAUACUAUUGAUUUAGGCUUGAGGAACCUCUGACCUGUAGGUGAACUUAUUAACCCAAGUCCAAGCUGGGCCCAGGUCAAGCACUGCACUAAAUAAUUUUUAACUUGGUUGGUCAAAUUCUGGCUCAGGAGCCACCAUGAGUGGCAAGAGCAAGGAGGAAUUCUGACACUCCUGGACUGCAGCCUUCCCCAACUUGUGCCCUCCAGAUGUUUGGGGCUCCAGCUCCUUAUCAUCUCUAGUCAGCAUGGCCAGAGGUCAGGGAUGAUGGGAGUUGUAGUCCAAAACAUUUGGAGAGCAACAGGUUGGGGAAGGCGGGCCAAUGGCUAAUCAAAAUUUAAAAAGCAGCAUCAAGCCUGUAUUGUAUGCUGUUACUUUCUCCCAGGCUCAGUGAACCAAAAGCACCCAAAGGCGCAAUGGGCUCUGUCUCGCCAGAAGAAAGCACUCGUCUUGCAUUCUGUACCGCGACCUAUGACAAUCUUGCCGAAAGGUUAUUCAUAAGGGGAUUUAUAUGGAGUUUAUAUUGGUCAAUUUAAGGUAGUGCUCAACUCCCCAAGGUCUCAGUUCAAAGUCUUUGUGGCUACAUGAGGACCUUUAUCAGGAGAUACCAACUAUCUGUGUGUGUGUCUAUUAGAUACCAAGCAUAUGAGCAUCUUGAUGCUUGAAUUGUGCUACAAUUCAUAUUCGAUGGCUGUGUUCUUAUCACGGAAGCAAGGAGCAACAGCAUAUGCCUUCAGGAAGGGCCAUAGAUAGCUCACUGGCAGAACAUCUGCAUUGCAUGUGGAAAGUUCAGUCCCUGGUAUUUCCAGGCAGAGACCCUUGUCUGAAACCCUUGAGCACCACUGCCAGUCAUUGUUAAGCCAAGCUUCCUCAAACUCAGCCCUCCAGAUGUUUCUGGCCUACAACUCCCAUGAGCCCUAGCUAGCAGGACCAGUGGUCAGGAAAGAUGGGAAUUGUAGUCUCAAAACAUUGAGGAAGCCUGGUGUAAGCAGUAAUGGGCUGGACGAACCAAUGAUUUGACUCUGUGAAAGGCAGCUUCCCCUGUCACCAGCUCCGAAAUCAUUUUUAGAUUGCCGGGGGGUUUUGGAGAACGGUGGUGGUAGAAAUCCUAAAUAACUUCCUUGAACUUUUAAAGCCCUAAAUGGCCUUGGCCCAGUAUACCCUGAAGGAGCAUCUCCAUUCCCAUCGUUCUACCUGGACACUGAGGUCCAGCUCCGAGGGCCUUCUGGCAGUUCCCUCACUGCAAGAAGUCAAGUUACAGGGAACCAGGCAAAGAGCCUUCUCGGUAGUGGCGCCUGCCCUGUGGAACCCCCUCCCACCAGAUGUCAAGGAGAUAAAUAACUACACAACUUUCUGUACACAUCUGGAGGCAGUCCUGUAUCGGAAAGUUUUUAAUGUUUGAUGUUUUAUUUUUUAAAAAAAUAUUUUCUUGGUGCCAUCCAGAGUGGCUGAGGCAAACUAAUUGGAUAGGCAGCAUAUAAAUAUUAUUAUUAUUACUAUCAGCGUCCUGUUGGAUCAGCUGGGACAUAAGCACUAAACCUUCUUCUGCUGUUGUUCCCCAACAACCUGCAUUCCUCUAGUAUAUUUGACUCCCUUUGUCUCCUGUUACAUUUUAGGCAGGUAUUGAUGUAAGCGCUUCCAUUUCCAUUUCCGAGCACAAUUCAAAGUGUUGGUGCUGACCUUUAAAGCCCUAAAGGGCCUCAGUCCAGUAUACCCGAAGGAGCGUCUCCACCCCCAUCAUUCUGCCCAAGCACUGAGGUCCAGUGCCGAGGGCCUUCUGGCGGUUCUCUCACUGCGAGAAGUGAGGUUACAGGGAACCAGGCAGAGGGCCUUCUCGGUAGUGGCACCCGCCCUGUAGAACGCCCUCCCAUCAGAUGUCAAAGAGAAAAACAACUACCAGACUUUUAGAAGACAUCUGAAGGCAGCCCUGUUUUGGGAAGCUUUUAAUGUUUAAUAGGUUACUGUAUUUUAAUAUUCUGUUGGAAGCUGCCCAGAGUGGUUGGGGAAACCCAGCCAGAUGGGCGGGGUAUAAAUAAUAAAGAAUUAUUAUAUUAUUAUAUUCCAUUUGAAUGAUGGGAACGGGAAGCCCAAACAUCUCUAUCUCUUUCCAAAACAGGGAAUUCCUAAUGAAAGCUGGAGAAUUACCAAGGUGAAUGAGCAGUACGAACUGUGCGACACCUACCCUGCCCUCCUGGUGGUUCCUGCCAACAUCUCGGACGAGGAACUGAAGCGAGUAGCUGCAUUCCGAUCCAGGGGACGCAUACCUGUAAGCUUAACGUUGUCUCUUACUGUGGCCACAGCCACACCAUGCCUUUAAAGCACCGCCGUACUGCUUUAAACAGCUUCUUCCAAAGAAUUCUGGGAGUUGUAGUUAAAGGCCCGUAUUCCCCUCCCGGAGCUUCAAUUCCCAGAGUUCCGUGUGAAGAGAGAUUGAUUGCUGAACCGUUCUGGGGAAUCCUAAAAAAAACAUCGAAAAAUUCUUUGGGGCCUCCUAACAACAGACAGCAUCUUAAAAAGCAGAGACAUCACCUUGCCAACAAAGGUCCGUAUAGUAAAAGCUAUGGUUUCCUCAGUAGUGAUGUAUGGAAGUGAGAGCUGGACCAUAAAGAAGGCUGAUCGCCAAAGAAUUGAUGCUUUUGAAUUAUGGUGCUGGAGGAGACUCUUGAGAGUCCCAUGGACUGCAAGAAGAUCCAACCUCUCCAUUCUUAAGGAAAUCAGCCCUGAGUGCUCACUGGAGGGACAGAUCGUGAAGCUGAGGCUCCAAUACUUUGGCCACCUCAUGAGAAGAGAAGACUCCCUGGAAAAGACCCUGAUGUUGGGAAAGAUGGAGGGCACAAGGAGAAGGGGACGACAGAGGACGAGAUGGUUGGACAGUGUUCUCGAAGCUACCAGCAUGAGUUUGACCAAACUGCGGGAGGCAGUGGAAGACAGGAGUGCCUGGCGUGCUCAGGUCCAUGGGGUCACGAAGAGUUGGACAUGACUAAACGACUAAACAACAACAACAACAGCAACUCCUCUCAGUACCCUUAACGUACAGCUCCCAGAAUUCUUUGGGAGAAGCCAUGGCUGUUUAAAGAGGCGUAGUAGCUUUAAAUGUAUGGUGCAGAUGUGGUCUGUUUCUUCGGCCUCAUAUUUAUUUUUCUUUUUGAAUAAAUAAAGCCUUCCUUCUCCUCGAAAGGUUUUGUCCUGGAUUCACCCGGAAAGCCAAGCCACAGUCACGCGCUGCAGCCAGCCGAUGGUGGGCGUGAGCGGGAAACGGAGCAAAGAGGACGAGAAGUAUCUGCAGUCCGUCAUGGACUCCAACGCUCAGUCCCACAAGAUAUUCAUCUUCGAUGCCAGGCCAAGUGUGAAUGCUGUAGCCAACAAGGUUGGAUAAUCAUGCCUUUCCCAGCAGCAGGAGUCAGGAGCCUCAUGCCUGGGUACCAGAUGUGGCCCUCAGAGCCCCUCUGUCUGGCCCUCUGUUCCCUUCCCAACCCACUCACUGGCCCUGGUUUGGUUUGCCUGAACUCUGAUAAUGCCUGGGUGUAUAAAGGUAAAGGUAAAGGGACCCCUGACCAUUAGGUCCAGUUGUGGCCGACUGGGGUUGCGGCGCUCAUCUCGCUUUACUGGCCGAGGGAGCUGGUGUACAGCUUCCGGGUCAUGUGGCCAGCAUGACUAAGCAGCUUCUGGUGAACCAGAGCAGCGCAUGGAAACACCGUUUACCUUCCCGCUGGAGUGGUACCUAUUUAUCUACUUGCACUGCAUGCCUUUGAACUGCUAGGUUGGCAGGAGCAGGGACUGAGCAACGGAAGCUCACCCCGUUGCGGGGAUUCAAGCCGCCGACCUUCUGAUCGGCAAGUCCUAGGCUCUGUGGUUUAACCCACAGUGCCACCCACAUCCCGCCUGGGUGUAUAAGUGUGUGCAAAAACUCACCUGGUGCGCAGAGGUAAGGUUUUCCUUGGUUUCUGCACCCUCUUUUGGCACUGGCCCUGCCUGCCACUGGCAUGUGGCCCUUGAAAUGUUGCCCAAAAAAGGGAAUAGAAGCCAUUGGCUGUAAAAGGUUCCCCAUUCUUACCCAACUGUGUUGAGAAUCUGAGUAGUAAUCAAAAACAAACAAACCGAAAACCUGAUACUGUAUAAGAUUCUCCCUCCCCUGUUUCCUCCCAGAAAUGUUCUCUGGAGGGUUGGAAGCUCUGGAAAAGUGUGGGAGAUUGUUCUGGAACUUGAAGAAAGGAAAGGAGGAGGAAUUGAUCAAUAAUUGUCCUUCCUCUAGCAGGUGCCUUCGCUGGGGCUGCAAAGAAUCCCGGGGCCUGUAGUUUACCCCUCACCGUGCUGCAAUUCCUUACUACCCUUAACAAACUACAGUUACCAGGAUUAUUUGGGGGGAAGCCAUGUGCUCUGUGUGUAUAUGCAGCCGGGGUCUUGAGCCAAGAAGGGCUGGCUUGGAUCUAGCCCAGCAGAACACUUGAUUCUGAUUGAUACAAUUAGAAAGGGGCAGUAGAAUUAAAAGAGUGGUAAAUCAAAGCAGCAUUUUUUAAUGUAGCACUCAUUCCCCAAAAGGCAUUCUAAAAAGUUGGAUGGUCCUAUCCCAUAAGCCACAUCUGUUGAGCACCACAGAUUCCCUCUCCCUGCCGUAGGGCAACACACUAGGCGAAAGUUCAACCUGCAGUCUUAGGGUCUUACUCAGGACAAAGGCGGUCUAACCUUCAUUUUCUUCUUCAGGCAAAAGGAGGAGGUUAUGAAAGUGAGGACGCCUAUCAGAACGCAGAGUUGGUUUUCCUGGACAUCCAUAAUAUCCACGUUAUGAGAGAGUCAUUGAGGAAACUGAAAGAGAUUGUCUAUCCCAACAUAGAAGAGACGCACUGGCUGUCUAAUUUGGAAUCCACCCAUUGGCUGGAACACAUCAAGGUACGUUGAUGUGUGUGUGUGUGUGUGUGUGUGUGUGUGUGUGUGAAUGGCAAUGUGUGGGUUCUCCUACCAGUGUGGUUUCGGCAACUUCCCCCCAUCCUUGGCAGGUUGCAGCACCAGCAAAUUGCAGCGUCAGAGAUGCAGAAGCCUAGAUGUUCUGUGACUUACCUUGCUGAAGCUGCUGCAACAUUGCAGCUAAGAGACCAUCGAGAGUGGAAGCUUAAUUCAUCUGAGUGUUUUAUGUAGGAACCUGGCUGCCUCUCUCCCCCGGCCCCACCUUUUGAAAGAGGGAGGGAGAAGACAAAACUGAAAAAUAUGUGGUUUGUUAAAGGAGUGUGUAGAUGAUGAGCCUUAGGAGCAGGAAGUCUUGAAAUGCUCCCACGUUGUCCCUUUUGAGACAUAGAAAGCAGCUGCCCUUAGCUGGAACUGUGGAACUCACUCCCACAAGAGGUAGCAAUGGCCAACAGCUUUCGGAAAGAACUAGAGAAAUUCAUGCAAGAUCAGGCUAUCAGUGGCUGUGUUCUGUCUCCAUUUUCGGAGGCAGUGUGGCUCUGAGUACCUGUUGUGGGGAAGGGUGCUGUUGCCCUCAGGUUGUGCUUGUGAGCUUCUGGUUGACCACUGUGAACACAGAGAGCUGGGCCAGAUGGGCCAUUGGCCUGAUCCAGCGGGGCCCUCUGUGUGCUUUUAUAUAUUGCUGAAUGCACACAUACGCGUUGGACUAUAAUUAUACAUACUUCAUCAACCUUCUGAGAAAAAUACAAAACAUUAAACAAAGCCACAAAGACUUGCAAACUACCCAGCCUAAAAUAAACUAAUGUCUGGUUUCAAUAGAUUUUUCAAAUGCUUAACUCAGUCUUUUAGAUAAGUUCAUGACGAUACCAACAAAAGGUGAUUUUGGUGAUACAGUGGUGCCUCGCAAGACGAAAAGAAUCUGUUCCGCGAGUCUCUUCGUCUUGCAGGUUUUUUCGUCUUGCGAAGCAAGCCCAUUAGCGGUUUAGCGGAUUAGCGCUACAGUAUUAGCGGGCUUAGCGGAUCAGCUGAUAAGCGGCUUAGCAAUCAGCUGUUAAGCGGCUUAGCCAUCAGCUGAUAAGCGGUUUAGCGGCUUGGGAAAAAGGGGGGGGGAAACCCCGCAGGAACUCGCAAGACAUUCUCGUCUUGCGAAGCAAGCACAUAGGAAAUUCAUUUUGCGAAGCACCUCCAAAACGGAAAACCCUUUCGUCUAGCGGGUUUUCCGUCUUGCGAGGCAUUCGUCUUGCGGGGCACCACUGUAUUCACAAUACCGAGAGAUGCUAGUAGAGUUGUAGAUAGAUGUUAAUAAAGUUGUAGACAAUGAAGUUGUAGAUGACAGGGUGCUGGCUUUUUGCACCUGUUUCGCCCUGGCAGUCCAAGUAGUCAAAAGGCCGCUGUUCACCCCCAAUGGGGCCUUUUUACUGGGGCUUGCAGGUAGCACACUCCCAAGAUAGUUUUCCGGGCUUCUUCAGCGGUCUAAUCUCAAAGUCUUGAUACGUAUAUUGAUAUUCAAUCUUAUAGAGAAUACUCUUUCAUAGCUUAAGCUUAAGAGACUGAUUUGCUUAGCACUACUUCCAUCAGCAGCACAGGUUGCAUUUUUCUAGCAUGAAUGCACACAUCCAGCAUUCGAAAUUCGCCAGGCGCGUUUUGCACCUUGCUAUUGUCCACUUGCGACCAAGUGAAGAUGUCCCUGCACCAGCAUGGCGCCUGAUGUCUCCAACCUCUGGAGGUGCAUGCCUGGGGGUCCUUCGAUCUUGACCGUUUUCACACACUAGCAGCACAUCCUAUAGAAUUCUAUCCGUUUUAUUCCAUCUUCACAAUCAGAAUGAAUUUCAGGAACCCAAAAGACGUAUUAUCCGGCCCCAAAAAUGGAACCAGGCAUUCCGCUUUGGCGAAUGUAACCCUGGUUUAAAGAGCUGUCGGGCGCCUAGCUUAUGUACCUGAGUUUCUAACACAUGCAGGUUGCAAAAUUGUAAAAAAAGAAGAAAAAAAGACGUGUGAUCGCUCCUUGUGGAACAUCCUUUCUCACUCGUUUGGUCCUCACCUCUGUAACCUGGCUAUGCAGACAAAAACCCAAGACUUUGUUCCCAUUCUCAAUUAUAAUUGUCGUGUGGGGAGGGGGGAGGCUUUAUAUAGUCUUAUGUCAGGCCAUUCUCUUUUCUCCCCAGUUGAUUCUCGCCGGUGCUCUUCGUAUUGCCGACAAAGUGGAGUCGGGCAAGACUUCCGUGGUCGUGCAUUGCAGUGAUGGUUGGGACCGGACAGCCCAGCUCACCUCACUUGCCAUGCUCAUGCUAGAUGGCUACUACCGGACAAUCCAGGGCUUUCAAGUGCUGGUGGAGAAGGAAUGGCUGAGUUUCGGGCACAGAUUCCAGCUGGUGAGUCGCCAACCCCUGGAGUUACCAAACUGACUGCUGAAAUUUAGGGUGUGUGUGUGAAUUUUUCAGCUUUCGCAUUCCAGGAAUGAGGGGUGCUAAAAAGUUGUAACAUGACCAGGGAAUCCAAAAGAUAUUUUGGUUGAAUUAAUAUAAUGUUGUUUUGCUUGGUAAAUGGAACGUGUGUAAAAAUUGCAUGGAAAUCAUUAAAAAUGAUUGCCAAAUACUUGCACUUAUAUCACUAGUAUUAGUAGUAUUAGUAUUUAACAUUACCUGACACUUUCAAAAGAUAAAACUAACAUUCUUUCGUUUCCCAAAAGAAGCUUAUGGGCUUCUUCGUCAGACAAAGACUUGCCAAGUUAAAUGUUGUUCAAACACAAAAAUAGCAGUAGAUUUGAAUUCCUCACACCCAAAAACAUAUUUUUAAGGUCCCUCAUUGAAGAAAAGUGCAGAAAUUAAGUUUCACCUCCUAAAAUUACAUGCCUCUCUGCUAUAUCUUAAAUCAGUGGUUCCCAAUUAGCUAAAUACUUCAGACCCCCUAUUUUUCAAAAGCCAAGCCAUGGACCUCCUACUUUUGAAACUUUUGAUAUCUUUAUGUUAGUUUUUGUUGUGUGAAUUGUGCCACAGACCCCCUGGGUGGGUUUUGCGGACCCCCUGAGAUCCGCAGACCACCCAUUGGGAAACCACUGUCUUAAAUGAUUUAAGAGGUGGUUUAGGAGGGCAGACAACUGGGACACCUGCUGCAGGGCUGUUGGCAAGGAAUUGGUGGAGUUCCAAAAAUGUCUAAGAAAGGGAAGCAAGGCAAGGAGGUUUGGGUAAUGAGCUUGAUGCUAUAUGCCCACUUUUCUCAAGGACUGGAGAAAACAACAACAACAACUUAUUGUUCUCCAAACAACUUAUUGUAUUUUUAUAUACGUGUAUAAGACUCCUCCUAUUUUGGGGGACUCAAAAUUAAGAAAAUGGGGGCGGAGAUUGUUGAGCUUUUUCGGGGGGGGGGGUAUUGCCGAAAAUCGCUCACCCGCCAGACAGACAAUGCCACUUGCACGCCUCGGAAAAGCCACCUAUCCUCUGUCAAUCACCCACCCAGUCAACACCAGCCCUUGCCGCAGCCACCAAUAACAAUCUCCAACUCUAUCCAUAUGUAAGACACUACACACUAUCCAUGUGUAAGACAACCCCAAUUUUUAACAUGAUUUUUGAAUAAAAAAAACUUGUCAGAUACAUGGAAAAGUACAGUACAUUUAGGCAGCAGAAAGUAUUGGAGUAUGCGGAUAUAGCAAGGCUAACUGGAAGAAUCCGACAGCAGAACGAUGAGACAUUCCAAAAAGAAUGGUCCAAAUUUAUGGUAUACUUAGAGGAAACUGUAUAUAAAUAAAGACACUCACAGGACUGAAAUAAAACUCAGAACGUUUAUUGUAAACAUUUGGUUAGACCAUAAGAUGUAAUGCUGUAAUAUAAUAAGGAUUGUAUGUUUAAAGUAUAAUACAAAAAUUUAUUAAGGAAUUAUAGGCAUUUAUAGAACGUAUAUAUAGUAAACACGCUUAAAUAAGAGCAAUGUAGAGAAGCCAGAAGAGGGGUGGAGGGAAGUUAAUUUGGAUAAGAUAUAGAUUUUAAGGAGAAUAAUAUUGUUAAGCUGAAUUGUGUUUAAGAUAUUUGGAAAAAAAAUAAUUAAAAAUUAUUGGAAAAAGAAAAGUAUGGUACAUUUAAAAGCAUGAAUAUAUUAUAACAUAGAGAGAAUAAAAAUACGUUACGGAACAGAAAUGGUAGGAAAGUGUACAUCCAUGCCUGUCAAAUGAAUUUGUAUGUCACUUUGUGUCCUUUGGGUCUGUUUAUGCUCUCCUCUCGCAUUUAGGGCUUAAUCCAGGUAAGUCAUCCUCAGAGUAGACUGCACACUGGUGAUUUGCCCGAUUUAAUCUGUACGACUCCUGUUUGUAUAAACGAUACUGGUUUUCAGAUACACAUCCUGUGGCCUCUCGUUUUGUUUUAGAGAGUCGGUCACGGAGACAGGAACCAUGCCGAUGCAGACAGAUCUCCUGUUUUCCUCCAGUUUGUGGACUGUGUCUGGCAGAUGACAAGACAGGUAGAUUUCUAGGGGUACAUACGGGGCUUUUGUUGGGACAGAGCUUGGGAUUUUUAUUGUGUUUUUUUUAAAUAAGGGGCUUUUAUUGGGAGAGGAUUCGAAUUACUUAGGUACAAGGGUGGUGUUUGGGGAUUGUUGCUUUUUAAAGCACAAAGUACGCAUAUGUAAUUUAACUUGUGGAACUCACUACCACAAGAUGUGAUAAUGACCACUCCAUAUAUGUAUGAGAGAGAGAGAAUAAUGGUGUAUAAAUAGUUUUUUUUGUAAAUACAUAAAAUAGAUUUGAGAUCUCUCAGUGGAAACCGGUCAAUAAAUCCUGUAAAUAAAAUUCUUAACUGGGUGUCAAAAGAGGGGUGGUCCAUUUCUCCCUUCCCUCCCACCCCUCUCCUCUCAUCGAUACUCCCCAGCCCCAUAUUCUCUCGAGUAUAAACACUUUGCAGGAAUAAUGUUUUCAUGUCCCGUUGGGGAAGUGUCCAGUGAAAACAAAAUCUCAACCGCUUGUCUUUUGAAGUUUCCCACCGCCUUUGAAUUCAACGAGUGCUUCUUGAUCACCGUCCUGGACCACCUGUACAGCUGCUUGUUUGGGACGUUUCUGUGUAACAGCGAGCAGCAGAGAGUCAAAGAGGUAAAGCAGCAACAACCAUCCCCAAACCCCAUGGGCUGCUUUAAAAAAAAAAAAAAACAUUUUGCUUUCCUACUUACCGUCGUUGGGGCCCACGGGUUACACACACAUGACGGUGGAUGGAAGGACCCCAAGUGAGAGGCAGGGAAGACCUCCUAAGGUGAGAGACUGAGAGAGCAAAGGGAUGCUCCCAGGUGAGAUCUGGGAGGGUCUACCACUUUCUGGGUGAGACAAGAUUUGAGAGCUCCUUUUGAGAAAGGACUCUGCGUUUUCUUUUCUCUUUCUUUCUCUGCUUUGGUUUUUAUUGAGAUUGGUUCCUUUUAUCUUAUUGUAUCAUGAAAAGGCUUUAAUAAAAUCUUUUUUUUUUUUUAUUAAUGCUUUAUUGGUUUUAAAACUGUAUGACAGAAAUAAUCAACGCACAGAAUAAUUACAGACAGAAACUCAAUCAAAACCUGCCAAAACCUGGAUUGAUAUUUUGACAAUAUUCUUUUACAUAAACUCUGUAGGUGUCCCACACUCUGGUAAAUUUUUCAUCUGUAACGUCUCAAAACCUUGCUGAUAGUCUCACUAGUUCAGCGUACUCUCUUAAUUUAUUUUGCCAGGCUGGUUUGGAUGGGGUAGCUUCUCCCAAUCUUUUGCGAUUAGAAUUGUGGCAACUAUUGUAGCAUACAUAAAGAAUUUCCUGAACCUUUUUGAAAGCUCCCUGUGAAGAGAGAUUGAUUACCCAUAAUUCCUAGCAGGAAGGCUUCAGGAUUUUUAGGGAAAGAGCAUUUAAACAGUUUCUUAAGUUCAUUAUAAAUCGUUUCCCAAAACUGAUAUUUUUACAGUUCCACCACAUGUGGAUCCAUGUUUAAAGGCUUUAAUAAAAUCUUAAGGGGAAAAAGAAAUAAAUAGAAGAUCCACGCCUCUUCUACAAAGCAGGCGGUAGACAACAUGGUGCCCUCCAGCGACUCCUGGUCAAGGAUAAUGGAAGUAGUAGUCCUAAUUCUGCAAGUUGCUAAAACUCCCCAGAACUGUGCUAAGGCAUUCUCCUAAAGUGCCACAAAUACAGUAAAGCAUCCGUCUUCCCUCCUGUUUUUCAGGGCCUUCCCAAAAAGACGGUUUCGCUGUGGUCUUAUAUAAACAGCCAGCUCGAAGACUUCACCAAUCCUCUCUAUGCCAGCUACACCAACCACGUUUUGUAUCCCGUGGCCAGCAUGCGCCACCUGGAACUCUGGGUAGGCUACUACAUCAGGUGGAACCCGCGGAUGAAGCCACAGGUAAGGUGACGAGGAGGAGGAAAGGGGUGAAAACUGGGGAGGUCAAAGUUUCUCUGCAUUGCAUGCUUCUCAGAGCCUGAGUGCAUGCUUGGGCUGAGAGCCGCUGGACAAGAAGCUUGCUUGAUCCAAAGGUUCGCGCCCUUGCCAGACAUGAUUAACUAUGGGACGCAGGUGGGUGGUGCUGUGGUCUAAACCACUGAGCCUCUUGGGCUUGCCGGUCAGAAGGUUGGCGGUUCGAAUCCCCGUGAUGGGGUAAGCUCCUGUUGCUCUGUCCCAGCUGCUGCUCAAAAGCACACCAGUGCAAGUUGAUAAAUAGGUACCACUCCGGCAGGAAAAUAAACGGCGUUUCCAUGUGCUCUGGUUUCCAUCACGGUGUCCUGUUGCUCUAGAAGCGGUUUAGUCAUGCUGGCCAUAUGACCAGGAAAGCUGUCUGUGGACAGACACCAGCUCCCUCGGCCUGAAAGCGAAAUGAGCACUGUACCCAAUUUGCCUUUGACUGGACUUAACCGUCCAAGGGUCCUUUACCUUUUUUAAAAAAACCAUGUGUCAGGGAACUGACAUCGGAGCCUGAGGCGGAGGGAAGGCUCUCAAAUGAUGCUGGAGAAGGGCCAAGCAGGGAGAGAGGCAGUUCAGCAGAGGGGGAAGCAAAUCAACGUUACACCAGGGAUAAAGGGGGGCAGAUGGGGGAAUCGGUGAGAGGGCUCCAAGACUCUUCACUGGACAUCAGCGAGGAGAGCACGGGUCCUCCGCUACCCACGCCCUCCCUGCGCAGAAGACUUCCACGCAGGGAGAGUAGGAGGAGACUGGGCGUCAAACAACUUUUAUGUUGGAAGAGGUUUAAGAAACGCCCACUGACGGAUUCUGCUAGCGACUGAGGCAGCCACGAAUUGAAGGGCUGUCCAGACAGAAAGGUUUAACAAGGCAACAUAGCCAGGAGAGGCGGCAACUUACGCACGAGCAACCCCAUACCAUUAUACCAUGGUUUACAUGUUAUUGCUUCACUGUGUUAUCUCUUUUCUUUUCUUUGUGUUGGAAAGUUUUAUUGAGACUUUUCAUACUGCAUUGCAAUAAAUAAAAAAACUAAGCCAAAAGAAAAACAUAAAAAGAAAAAUGCAAAGUCUUCUCUCCCAGGUAGAUCUAAACUCUUAUCCCACAGAGAUAGAGCUGGACCCUCCCAGCUCUCUCACCUGGGAACUUCCCUUUCCUAUCCCAGUCUCUUACCCUGGGAGGUCUUCCCUUCCCUGUCUCUCACACAGGGUUGUUUACCAACCAUCCACUACCUCGAUCUGUGUGUAGUCUCCUUGCUAACCCAGACUGGCUUAUAAAAGCAAGAGCAAAGUAAAAGAAGAAGAAGCAAAAAUAACAGAAAGAUAGAAAUAAUAAAGGGAUGGGAAAGUUUUGUUUUUUAAAAAAGGAAGAAGAGAGAGAGAGAAAGUGGGAAACAAAAUUUAAAAGAAAAACAUUAGAAAAAUUUCCAUUCGUUGUUUACAUUAAAAAAAGCCAAAUACAGUUGUUUAAAACUUUCAAGCUUAUGUACUUCGCUGGGUUCUGGGCCUUAGUUCUGGCGUUGAAAAUAGCUUCGGGGCUAAAAAUAGCUGAUCUCUGGUCCAAAUGAAGCUUCUAUCUGUGGUUAUCCUCCAUCUCCCAAGACUUGAGUGUGAUGCUUCCUGUCUUGCUGUAGGAGCCGCUGCACAACCGCUACAAGGAACUCCUGGCCAAACGAGCUGAGCUCCAGAAGAAGGUGGAAGAGCUCCAGCGAGAGAUCACCAACCGUUCCACUUCCUCCUCUGAGAGAGGCAGUUCUCCUGCCCAGUGUGCCACCCCGGUCCAGACUGUGGUAUGA